AUGCAAGCGAUGAGUGGUAUGGGUGGAUUUGCCGGUUGCGGCUUUCCACCACUCACCCCCACGUCUUCAUUCUACAGUCCGGUUGUGUCGCAACCUCCGCCCGUCAGUGUGCCAUCGCCAAUGGUUGGUGGCGGACUGUCGCAACCUUCAUUGACUUCUCAAGGUCAGGCUCCAGGGCCCGCACAAGCUCACGUUCAGACGCACCAAUCUCAUCUCCAUCAUCCCCAGCAAACAACAUCAGCCGCAACCGCGGCAGCAGCAUCAGGAACAGCUCAGAUACCUCACUCCCAGUCCCAAUUGUGUCCUCCCUUGUCCUUACCCCAGUCGAUGAUUCCGUCAACGAGUAGUGUCGUGCUGAAUCCGCUAGCUGGCAGCACUCAGCAUCAGCUAUUGCACACUGGUGGCUCAGCCAUUCUUCAGGGUGCAGGCCCAGGUUCAGUGCCAGUCACGGCCCCACUAACACACCAAAUCAAAAACGAAAUGACUUGUUCGAGUGCAUCGGAUGAGUCGAAAGAGUCCUCGUACGAUAUGUACGCAAACGAGAGCAACAACGACACAGAAGCNGUGCAUCGGAUGAGUCGAAAGAGUCCUCGUACGAUAUGUACGCAAACGAGAGCAACAACGACACAGAAGCGUGCUCAUCAACACGAUCGAAUGCGAGUCCACGAAGUCAAGACGAGAUUAUUCUGCCGACAACGCCGUUUCAAGGGUUUGUUAUUUGUUCUUUGA